AUGUCUGUUACCGUCCGCCAUCUGAAUGGUGACAGCACUUUCCUCCUGACAUUUGUCCCCGACGCAACCUCAUCUCAAGGCCUAGCCAGACAUCCAACACCCUUCACAGUUCUCAUCGAUCCGUGGCUGUCUGGUCCCUCCAUAGUCACCGCACGAUGGUUUGCCAAAACCCAACUCAAGACCCCCACUGCCAUCACACACCUCUCUCAUAUUGAUGAGCCAGACGUUGUUAUCAUAUCUCAAAAUAAGCCUGACCAUUGUCACAAGGAGACAUUGACCCAGCUGCGCCCAGAGGGAAAGACCAUUAUUGCCGCUGAACCCUCGGCUGCCCGCACCAUCAGAGGCUGGAACCACUUUGACCCAAAUCGUAUCCAUGCACUAUCCAAAUACGAUCCCAAGUCUAGGUUUGGACGCCAGUUGCGUCUGUCCAUACCUCCUGUCACCCUCGAUGGAUCUCCCGGAGAGCUUUGUAUAUCGUUCAUACCAGCCAAAAACUAUGUCACUGGCAUGCACAAUGCAUUUGGACUGACAUAUCAACCUCCCACCCAUACAAAAUCGAUAGCCUCCAUCGCUACCGUCGAUCUACCCCGGAAGAGGACCACAAGAUAUUUCCACAUGCCUCUAAGCCCCAUCACACUGCCACCAUCAAGUCCCUCCCCUCUAAUCUCUCCACCCAUCGAGGUCCGGCCCAUGUCUUUUGAUCAACCCCGAAACUCCGAUCGGAAAUCCUUGUCACGACGACCUUCUCGCUCGAGUCAAGCCUCCAAGAUUCGCCGACCACAGCUAUCUCAAUCUUCCAACACUGCAUCGUCCGAACUUCUCCCUUCCCACCAUCAGACAGUUGUUCCUCUCGAGCCCAAGAGUGAUUUGUUGCCUGACAAUGUCAUCUCUCAGGAAGUCACUAUUCCAGACCCCCACUUGACUAUCGAUGCUCCCUUUCAUUUCGAACUCGACCUACCACCCUCUUCCUUCCACGCCUUGCCCACACCUCCAACUUCCCCUAGUCCACGUGACUCCCUCACCAGUCUCGGCUUCUCUGCCUUAAGCACAGCCUUCUCACCGACUUCGUCUACUCGCACCUCAAACCCUCGCACCUCAGUCGCCACAUCACACCAGAAGUCUCUCUCGAGUGUCUCGUCUUGUCCAAACCUGAGCCUCCCCCAAGGUCCUGCCUCACCUAUCACCCCAGGUCGCCCCAAAGCCAUUUCCGUUAUCUACUCUCCUCAUGGUGUUGGCCUCUCUGAUCUGCAGCCUUAUAUCCAACACCACCUCGUUCAUCUACCUGGAGCACUUCCCUUGACCAUUCUGUUGCACUCCUUUGACUUUGCCCAAAAUCCCUGGUACCUGGGUGGCAACAUCAUGACCGGAUUACCGGGCGGAGCCCUCAUUGCACGCGCGCUGAUGGCGAGAUGUUGGAUUAGUGCUCAUGACGAGGUCAAGGAUGAUCAAGGUAUCAGCGUCAAGCAGCUCAAAGUCAAGCGGAUAUCAGCUGAUCAAGUGAGAACUCACCUGUGGGAAGGUGAGCAAGGCCAAUGGCUCAAAAAGACCGGAUGGACCUGUGACGUGCGGAGUCUUGAUGUGGGAAGAGAAAUGACCAUUGGGCCGACGAGAGACUUGUGCUCAGGCUUAGAAUCAAACCGAGAGAGUCGGUUGAUGCGGUUUGGGCCUCAGGAGCAGACAGAUGACGACUAG